AUGGCACAGCGAAGGUGGGCUGGCUUCCACGGGGAGGAACAAGAUGUGGUUUCCCUCCUAGCAAAUGAGCCCCUAAAAUCAAGGGAGGCAGGCACCCGAGCACCUGCUUUUCCAGGGGAAGUCAAACAAUGUCAUGGGCCCAUACCAGCACCAGAGAACAUGGCACCUCUAGCUAAGGCGGGAGAGAGCAGGAAGCGCCGGUGUCUAGAAAAACGACUACUGCUAGAAGAUCCAAGUGCUUCCAGUCUUGGAGACGUACUUAGAGGGCAAAUACCUCUUAUGAGGAGGGAAAUGUUUAGAAGAAGGCUCUUCCCAAUUCGAUUUGAGGAAUCAGCCAAAAACGUCGAAGAAGUACAGCAACUCCUAAAGCAAAGGCAACCUGUGGGCCAGCUUAUCAUUUCUCUGUUUUACGUAGGUGUGCUGCUACUCUUCCUAUCGUAUGCUCUGGAGAUCACGAAGAUAUUCGAAGCAGCAGACGGUAUUGAGUCCCCCAUAAAAUCCGCGUUGGUACCGACGCUCUCUAAUUUCAACUCUAUGACUUAUACGGUGGCUAAAGCUGAACAAAUAGGUCAAGCGCCGACAACAAUAGGAGCGACACCAGACUCCGGCCACCCAGCCGAUAUUCUAAUGCUGAAGGAUAAAGGCGACGUGGCUUCUUGGCUCAUUUAUGGCUUUAUUCCCCUUAUUUACGGGCCCUCGUCAGAAACAAGUAGUUUUGGCUCCUCAAGAGUGGUCGGCAAUUGCUUUAGACUAACAUUUCGUCAGGUUGAGCUAGAGGACGUGGAUGGGUUCGAUUUGGGCUAUGAAGGAAUUUGGCCCAUGGCCACGACUGGUGCUGCUUCAAGGAUUGCAACAGCGAAGCUGCGGUCUGACAACCCCCUCAUCAACCCACCAGAGUCCAGGUUCACCUACUCGUACCCUUUCGCUGGCCCUGGGGAACAGGAGGCCUUUUAUCAGAGGGGAGGACACUACCAAGUCAUUUGCGAAGAUUCAAUACAAGCAGCUCAGAAUGCGCUACAGCAGAACCAGGCCGCAUCUCGCUACCCUCCUUGGUUUGUCCCCUUACCAGUAAUUGCCGAUCGUCGGACCAUUUCCACUGUAGUUGACUUCUUCGCCAUUAACCCGGUCACAGAGACGUUCUCUCACUGCGCUAUCCUAUUUGCUUUCACCAGUUCAGGCACUCUUCAGAGACCCAUGGUGUGGAUCUCGUCUCUGAUACCAUUCUCGGCGCAGUCCGAUGUUCUGGUGCGGUAUAUUUCACUUGGUUUGAUGCUGGCAUUCCUGCUUCUAUACUUAUUGUGCGAGUACGCGGAAUUGAAAAAGUUGGGUUUCAAGGCAUGGCUUAGAGGUGGUUGGACGAUGUUCCUCUUAUUUCAUAUUUUGGUGUUAAUUUGUCUCCUCACUUCAUUUGUCGCUGCACAAAUUAUUGCGCUUAUUGCCCCAAAAAUCGAGACGACACUGGGGGAAAAUGGAUAUUACAUCAUUUCGGAAGCACCCACUGCAACCAACGGGGCAGGGUUUUUCCAGCUGAUCAGUGACUACGGCAAUCUGUUUUUUGCCAAUGCUGCAGUGCAGCAGGCCUCCAUUGUAUUUGGUUCUCUUACAGCACUGACAGGCUUAACAACAUCGGCGGCUUUUUUGCUGGGCGGAAUUCUUGGGAACUACGAUGUUUACACUAUGGCCUCUGUCGAUCCCGUCCUUGCAGGAAUAUUUUUCGUGCCGCUCUUCCUUCUUUUUUCCGUUUUCGGAUUCACAUUCCUGACUGCAAUGGUUCUGAGAAAGUAUGACUUCUGUGCGCAGUCCAUAGAUCAGAGCCUCAUCAAGUACAAGCUCGACGAACAGGAAAGGCUAGAGAUGCUUGCUGCAGACGAAUUUGAAGACGACCUGCGGGAAGCAAAGGAGCUCAAAGCCAUGGAAAAGGCAAAAAAGAGCGUCCGUAGGCGUAAGAAAAGUGGGAGCGACUAUUACAGGCGCGACAGCGUGAAUUCGCACUCGGAUGAAUGCGACGAUGCCCCUCCUCAAUACCCUGCAUGGGUGUGGCAAGCGAUUGGCAUCAAAGACCCUCUCACUCUGUAUGAUGCGCAGCCUACAGCGGAAACAGGGUUCUAUGUGGACCCAGCGAAUAUGGGUAAGCUCUCGGUGGAUGAUGUAGCAGAAAUGCGGGAAAUGGCGGGUCUGGCGGUCGCUAGUACGGCAUUCCCACUAGCUCCUAUCACAUUUACUUGUGCGGAUCCCUCCCUAGGUGUUCCCGAUGUGACUGCUUCAGUUACCUUUCCCACUCAGCCCUUGUUCGGAAUAAGCACAGCGCGAGACCUCUAUAGUUGGCUAGUUGCUGAUGAAGGACUAAUGGCCUUCUUAGCUCCCCCCUCUAAUACAGCGUUGUUCGGUCAGGCAUUCCCACAGCUGACGAUGCCAAAUGGGCAGACGUAUGAACAGCUCGUUGUCUACAACUGGAACACCAGCGUGACUACACGCUCUGUCCGUGUAAUCUUAGAUCUCCGCCAGGAGACAUCCUUUCCGGUUGAGCUAGGUUUUUCUUGUGAAUCGCUUCAAUGCAAAUACCAGCCCCUCUUCGAAGCUUCUACAUUCAAGGAAUUCCUGAAAAAACUUGCGCAGGCGAACGUGUUGAGAGAUGUUGUCGCAGAGCUGACGCUUCACGUUGUGCUACUGAAUCAGAACCAAUCGAGCAUUCUGUCGGAAGCGUACAUAAAAUUCUCCAGGAAUCGAGGAGGUAGCAUUUCGCCGAAUUUCUACGUGGAAGCUUUCAAUCUGCAGCCGUACUCCACCUGGGACAUAACAACAGUUACUAUCGUUGCUUUACAAGUAGCUACAGUUACGCUCUUCCUGUUUUUCGGCUGUUCCUUCUUUGUGGAGCUCCACCGGUUGAGGAAGAGCUUGGAGCAGGAGCGUGAAGACUAUAGUCUUGGCUUGUGCUUGGGGGUUUUCUUCGUCGAUGACCUAUUCAAUUUAUUCGACUUAGUUGGAUUCGGAGUGCUAGCAGGCUCAAUCGCGGUGUGGGCACACCACGCGCUUGCCGCAACACACUUUGAAGUAUUCAAUUUAGCAGAGGACCUCGCUACAGCGUCAGCAGCUGCUGCAGCCGGUGGCACACAAGAAGAAGAUGGAACUGCAGCGGCUGGGGUGUUUUUCGACGCCGUCAGGUCAACAGCUGGCUCACUGCGCUCCUAUGCUCAGCUAGCCGCCGCUAUUUUGGCCGUUGCCUUCCUUCGGUUGCUACGUAUUGGGCGUAAACGCAGACGCGCAACCCUCAUGUUCUUCGCUCUGGCUUCUGCGGCGGAGGAGAUGAUCCAGGUCCUCAUGGGGACGACACUGGUGUUCAUUGGCUUCUCCUACUUAUGCUUUUUGUCCUUCGGGCGCCAACUGGAGAGCUACUCAACCCUCAAGAAUUCCUUCGUUUCCACGAUUAUGCUGACGACAGGCUUCUUCCCGCUCUCGCAACUUUUUCACGCGGACGCUGCUAUGGCCGGGACUUUUGUCUAUCCCUAUCUCUUUUUUAUAGGGACCAUAUGCUUCAGCUUCUUUUUGUGCGUUCUGCUUCGGUCGUUGGCUUUCCGCUCAGCUGAAAUCAAGGCAAUGGAGAAAAUUGGAAAGGUUGAACAGUCUUCCCUACUGAAAUCCCUGCAACUUUUUUUCCAAGAGCUCUCUUGCAGAUUUCAACCUUCCGAUGAAGAACUUGAGGCUCAACAAAAGGCACUGGAGGUGGAACACCUGCAGCAGGAGGACGCCGAUGCAACAGCUUUCGGAAAGAAAACUGCCAGCGACCAGCAGGCGGAAUUUGAACUUUUACGCGUGACCGAGCAGAGUGAACGCAAACGAAGGGAGAGACCCCUAAAAGUGGUAGAACAGCCGCCAGAUGUGGUAACAAGCGCACUUUCAGACGAACAGUAUGCAGCUUUGCCUGGAGAAGUCCAUUUCUUCGCAAACCAGGAAGUGGCCUCCUUCGUGGACCGAUUUCGGCUGCUGGCAAUGCAGUUUCGGCUUGGCAGUGGUGACGUAGUAUCUCUGCUACAACAGCUAGAAAAUGACGCGUAUAAAGAGUUAUCAACGCUUUCUCGUGAAGUGGCUCAGCAGGAGGGCCAUCUGCAGCAUGAAUUGUCAGUAUACACUUCUCGGGUCGUCAAUGGGCAGCAGCGCCUCACAGGCUAUAUCAAAUUCCUCGAACAGGCUUUGCAAGACAGAGAGGAAGAGCUUCAACUGCAACUCCAAGAGCUGAAGCUCAUCGAAACCAAAUUCGAAGAUGAGAAACAAGCUGCUGAAAGAUACAGAAAAAAGCGGUGA